AUGCACUGGGGGUGGAAAGACCCCUCCAUCAUCCUGAGACCUAGCUGUGCUACUGGAUGGUUUUACUACAAGUCCUGUUGCUAGGGAUACUUCCAGAAGCUGAAGAACUGGUCAGAUGCUGAGCUCAAGUGUCAGUCGUACGGAAACGGAGCCCACCUGGCAUCUAUCCUGAAUUUAAAGGAAGCCAACACCAUAGCAACAUACAUAGGUGGCUGUCAAAGAAACAAGCCCGUAUGGAUCUGCCUGCAUGACCUGCUGAAGGGGCAACAGUGGAAGAGGCUCGAUGGGACCACGUAUAUUUACAGAACUAUGUCUGGCAAGUCCGUGGGUGGGAACAAGUACUAUGCUGAGAUGAACGCCAUGAACAGUUUUUUGACUUGAAACAGCAAAGAAUGCAGCAAGCUCCAACACUUCCUAUGCAAGUACCGACCAUAG